AUGCUGAUACCCUUGAGACCCAUCCCCCAUCAGCCCGGCAUCAUGAAGCGACUCCAGGACGACGGCGGCGGCGACGGCGACGACAACGGUAAAGGCGACGGCAUGCAUGCCCCAACCCCACGGACACCUAGCAAGAGCAAGAGCGCCGCGAAGCGACAGCGCACACAAACCGACCCAGGUUUCUCCUCCCCCCUCACCCUCAUCCCAACCACCAGUGCCCUUAUCCCCAACCGACUCAAAAUGAAACCAAAAGCAACCUCCAAACUCACCCCCUCCGCCAUCAUGGGCCUCCCUACCGUCGCCUCCCAGCUGCCCAUCCAAGACUGUCGCACAAUCCUCAGCACCGUCCUCUCCGACCGUGAAGUUCGCCAGCUCAUCUCCCACCUCGUCACCUCGGGCAAACCCUGCCGCCGCAAAACUGCCUCUUACCUCUCCGCCCGCUUCGACGAGCUCAACACCCCGGUCCCCGACCAAACCGUUGCCUUUGACGCGAUCGUCACAGCCGUCAAAUCCGCCUUCCGCCCCCUAUCCCCCGACACGAUAUCCCCCUCCGACCUCGAAGCCAUCAUGACCGCCCGCGGCGUGCAGACCAACAUCAGGUACAUCCACGCCGCCUCCGUCUGGCCCGCUAGUUUGGGCACACGGUUGAACGCGCUGAAGGCAAUACUCGAGAUCAACCAACACUUGAUACGGAGCAGUUUGCUGCGGGAGUCGAGACACCAAAAGGUGUUUGAGAAGGAGUGUCCCGCUCUCUCCGGGGCGGUUCUGCACAUCUGUCGGGGACUCACCGGGCCGGAGAGUGUGGUGGCGUUGGGGAUGCAUUUUCCUAGGUAUUCCGGUGUUGCCUCUGCGUCGCACAGAACAGGGAGUAGUCCGGCUGUGAUGGCAGGCAGUCAGAGUAUUGGGGGUAGCCAGGUUUUGCUUUCACAGACGUCCAGGGGGGCGGAGGAUACGCUGGAGGUGGAGAUGAGGGCGCAGUCGGAAUUCUUUCGGAAGCAGGACGUGUUUCCUGAGGUGGUGGAGGCGUACAAGAUGUUGAUCGGGAGUAAGAGGACGGGUACGGCGGUGCAGGCUGUGCCGAUUGGGGUGGUGGAUAUUGAGGAGGAGAGCGAGGAGGACGAGGAACAGGAAGAGGAAGAAAGAGACGAGGAGGGGGGUGGUGAGGAUGAGAUUCCAGACACACAGGAGACUCGGUAA